AUGAUUGUACAACUUCAUAGAGAAUUUCAGCAACCGGUCCCACAAGGAGUAGAAAUCAUGAGAAGCAUGAGUCUCAAGCAAAUAAUGAAAGACUUUCUGCAGCAAAAGAGGUACAUCAUUGUUCUAGAUGAUGUAUGGGACGAGGAAGCACUAGAAGGUCUAACAAAUGCAAUGCCCAAUAGCAAUUUCUGUAGCCGACUAUUAAUCACUACCCGCAUAGCUCAUGUUGCUACUGUCUCCAAUGAAUCAAAAGUUUAUGAACUUAAGCCCCUGUCUCUAGAGGAAUCAUGUUCCUUAUUCUACAAGAAAGCCUUCUAUGAGAAUUCCUGUCCUUCUCACCUAGAACAACUUUCUCAACAGAUUUUGAAAAAAUGUGAGGGAUUGCCACUUGCCAUAGUGGCAAUUGGUGGUCUUCUCUUGGCAAAAAAUGAUCAGGAGUGGGAGAUGAUUUCUCGCUGCCUUGCUGCAGAACUAGAAAGCAAUGGGAGGAUGCAAAAUUUGAGGAGAAAUCUUAGCUUGAGCUACAAUGAUUUGCAUUAUAACUUGAAAAGCUGCUUUAUGUACUUGGGAGUAUUUCCAGAGGAUUGUGUGAUUGAGUGUGCGAGACUCAUCCGUCUGUGGAUUGCAGAAGGGUUUGUUAAGGAAAGAGAAGGGAUGACACUGGAGGAGGUUGCUCAAAGAUACUUGAAGGAGCUUGUUAACAGAAGUUUGGUGCAAAUUGCAGAAACAACUUUAGACGGACGGAUAAAAAGUUGUAGGGUACAUGACCUAAUGCGUGAAAGUAUCCUUUCUAAGCUAAGGGAUAUAAACUUUGUUUCGUUUGCAUCUAAGCAGAAAGUAGAAUUGCAUGAAAGAGUCCGGCGUCUGUCAGUCCAAUACACUUGCAAUGAUGCAUUGAAGCAACUAAAUCUCCUAGCCUACACUCUCUGCUCAUUUUUGAGUCAGCAACAUCAUCUAGCUCAUAUGAGCAAUUUGUCCCAAGUGGUUGUCGACUACUAA